AAACUUCAUCUUGCGAUGUCCAUUCCCAGAUCGGUUGGUAGAAUCCCACACAACACGGGUAUUUACCAUUAUCGGUGUUGUUUUAUGUAUUUAAUAUCUAUCUAUACGAUCUUUUACCGCACAAGACGGUGGACUACGGAACUAUUAGCAGGGUGGGUGGCCCCCAUUUACAUUGACCUGAGAGUCCUGGUGUCCCACCCCGUGCUCAUGAACGAGGUCUCCAGUCUAAUUCACCAGCGUGCACUAAAAGAAGGGCUGCAGUUUGACUCUCUGUGUGGGGCUCCUUACACUGCCCCGCCUCUGUCCACAAUCAUCUGCUCACAGAACCUACUGCCCAUGCUCAUAAGACGGAAAGAAGCAAAGGACUACGGAACCAAGCGCACGGUGGAGGGCUCAUUCCGUGAGGGGGACACCUGCCUGAUCAUCGAGGACACAGUGACCAGUGGCAGCAGCAUCAUGGAGACGGCCGUUGUGCUGCACAAAGAAGGACUCAAGGUGACAGAUGCCAUUGUUCUCAUGGACAGAGAACAAGGUGGGAAGCAGAUGUUGGCAUCCAAGGGAAUCAGACUCCAACCAAUUAUCUCCAUGACCAUCCUGCUUAACGUGCUGCAGACGGCUGGACGCAUCGAUGCCAAGACUGCACAGAAUGUCAGAGAAUUCAUUCUGGCCAAUAAUACCUUCAGCUCUAAGAUGAGCAGCUCUGACGUUCCCAUUAAAAAGCCUUGUAUUAGAGCGGCGUCCGAGCUGAGCUACGCAGACAGAGCCAAACUACCAAACGUUCACCCUGUGGCGUCAAAGCUGCUCAGCGUCAUGGAAGAGAAGACGUCCAACCUCUGUGUGGCCGCCGACGUGACCAGCAGCGAGGAGCUCCUUCAGCUGGCAGACACGCUCGGCCCCCAAAUCUGCAUGCUGAAGACACACGUAGACAUCCUGGAGGACUUCUCAGAAGACUUUGCCCAGAAACUACAGGCUCUGGCUGAACAACACAACUUUCUCAUCUUUGAAGAUCGAAAGUUUGCCGACAUCGGAAACACCGUGAUUCAUCAGUAUAAAGGUGGUACAUACCACAUCUCAUCCUGGGCCCACAUUGUGAACGCUCAUGUGGUGCCAGGUCCAGGGGUGGUCCAGGGUCUGAGUGCUGUGGGAAAACCUCUGGGUCGAGGCUGUUUGCUCAUCGCACAGAUGAGUUCUCAGGGGUCGCUGGCCACCGGAGAAUACACCAAGGCUGCGGUGAAGAUGGCGGAGGAGCAUUCGGAUUUCGUGAUGGGUUUUAUCUGUGGGUCAAAGGUCACCAACAGGCCAGAGUUCAUCCACAUGACUCCUGGUGUUCAGAUGCAGUCUGCAGCUGACGCCUUGGGCCAGCAGUACACCAGCCCGGAGGACGUCAUCCACGUGAAAGGCUCUGAUGUCAUCAUCGUGGGACGAGGAGUAUUGACGGCUGCUAAUAGGCUGAAAGCCGCAGAGUCGUACAGGAGGUCGGGCUGGGAGGCGUACAAGAAGAGACUGUGUCAGGAAGAGAUAUGAAUAAGAUCAUGGGUUAAUGAUUAUGGUAAAAUAAUUAGAAUAACAAAAUUUGUGUUAAAAUAAAUAUAGAUGUGCAAAUGAAAUGUUAUUUGUGGAAAUACAGAUUCUUUUGCAUCAAUGGUACGAUAUAUAUAGACCCUCAUCAUCAUCUGAGUUCUGUUCUUCAACUCUUCCUUUACACAGUACUGCAUGUCUGCAUUUAGUUUUCAUUGAACUGUAAAACUGGAAAGGAGUGUUGUUUCUGCUUCUUAACUUCUUCGUAAUCUAAACGCCCCAAAAACAAGAUGAUCUGGGCUUUUAUUUUGACAGCGGGGUAUCUCUAACAUUUAGAGUCUGCCCCAGAACAAUUUCUAAAUAAUUUCUCUUACAUCAUUUCCCAGUUUGUGAACCGUGUGUUCAUCCUGAGGAGUCAGCCCACCGUCAUCAUAAAACCAACAAAUAAGUCAGUGGUAUUAGAGUAACAGGAGCUCAGAGAACAAGUCAAACAAACCCCUCCCCUUUAAAGGAACAGUUUGUCAACAGUGUCCUGAAGCUGUAACAGUCAGCGUUCAUCACUGGCUUCACGGAAAAAAGACUUUUUGUUUCCUCAAUGUUAUAACUUUUAUUUUACUUCAAUAAAGAGUAUAAUUCUACUA